CUUACAAUUAUAACUUAUCUGACUUAUAUUUAUCUUACAUUAUAUACCUUAAGGCUGUUGGGAUCUCAGCUGAAAGAAAAUCAGAUCCCUCAAAAUGAAACUUUCAACAGUUCUCCUGUUGUCUUGCAUAUUUGCAGUGUCUACGGCUUAUGUAGAUUACAGUGGGCAUAAAGUAUUAACAGUAACUCCCAAAUCGGAGAAACACUUGGAAUUGUUACACGAGUUGCGGGAAAAAUAUUCCGUUGACCUAUGGAACGAACCGAGAUUUGUUGGUGCCCCCGUAAUGACACGCCUAAGACCGGAAUUGAUUAAGCCCGUCGAACAUCUUCUAAAAGAACAGGGUCUGCAAUAUGAAGUGGCUUAUUCGAAUUUGCAAAGUGCAAUUGAGGCAGAAAGGAUUCAAAAUGCCCCCACGAACUUCAGCAGAGCAGAGGAAUAUAAUUUUGGCAAGUACCACAAAUAUGAAGUGGUAAUUCAAUUGCUGAAAGAUUUGAGUGAAAAAUAUUCGACCAUCGCAAAACUCGAAGUUAUUGGCAAAAGUUAUGAAAACAGACCCCUUUACAACAUGAAGAUCAGUUCUGGAGACAGUUCUGCCAAGCCAGCCAUUUUGAUGGAAUGCGGUAUCCAUGCAAGGGAAUGGUCAUCUGUAGCUGCUGGAGCCUACAUGGUCAACAAAAUCCUCACCUCCUAUGGGUCGGAUUCUGAAAUUACAGCUCUUGUUGAUAAAUACGAAAUCAACAUAAUUGUUGAGAUAAAUCCUGACGGAUAUAUAUUCACAUGGGACCAGGAUCGUCUUUGGAGGAAGACUAGAUCUCGCAGCAGUAUUGACUGGCUCGGUGUGUGCAGAGGAGCAGAUGCAAACAGAAACUUCGAUAUUGACCAUUGCGGAGUUGGAACUAGUAGGAAACCUUGCGAAGAAAUCUACUGCGGUGACAAGCCAUUCUCUGAAAGUGAAACUCGUGCUUUGCGAGACAUGAUGAUCGCCAAAAAAGACCGCCUGAAGGUAUAUUUCUCAAUUCACGCCUAUUCGCAAUAUUGGAUGACACCUUAUGGAAUCAAGAAAACCCUUCCCUCCAACUACGACGAACUGAUUCGAGUAGGAAAAGCUGGUGUAGAUGGUUUAGCCAAGAGAUACGGGACUAAAUUCGAAUUAGGAAGCAUUGCGAACAUUAUAUACGAAGCUGCGGGAUCAUCUCUGGAUUACAUUUAUGAGGUGUUAGGAGUCAAAAUGGGAUUUGCUCUGGAGUUGAGGGACAACGGUCGAUUUGGUUUCAUUCUACCUGACAAGUUUAUACUGCCCAUGUGCGAAGAGACAUGGGAUGGUAUUAAGGCUGCAAUCGAAGCCUUAUAAGGACUGAAAUAAAAAGCAUUUUCUUCUAUAA